AUGACAUAUCGAGGUUCACUGCCCGGGCCGGGAUAUGGCCAGAAUGGCAGCCAGCAAUGGCCGCGCCAGCAGCAGCACCCGCAGCAACACCAGCAGAACAUGCAGGGCAUGCAGAACGGCUUUGAUGCCUAUGGGAACCCGCAGUACCCCUAUGCGAACGCGAACGCGAACCCACAGCUGCACCAGUAUCAGAAUGCCGUCUUCGCGCCCGUCGGGUACUCGCAACAGCCGCAGCACCAGCCAGUCCAGAACAACUACUCGCCGGUUCAUGCCGGCCAGUACCACGGCUACGACCCGAGCUUCGACCAAAGGCCCCAGCAACACAGUCCGCACUUCAACGGUGCGUACGGGCAGCAGAUGGGGCAGAUGCACAGCACGGCGCAACCGCGGCCGCCCCAUCAUACGGUGCAGCAGCCGGUGCAGCAGCCGAGCAAUCAGUACGAGCAACCGCUCCAGCAACACCAGUAUCAGCACCCGCACCAGCACCAGCAGCACCAGCACCAGCACCAGCAACACCAGCAGCAACACCAGCAGCAACACCAGCAGCAACACCAGCAGCAACACCAGCAGCAACACCAGCAGCAACACCAUGUACAACAACAAACGCAUGGUCACUUGUAUGACCAGCAGCUACAGCAACAGCAACAGCAACAGCAACGCCCACAACAAUCACAACAUCAGGCGCCGCAGCAACAACCCAUGAUGGGCUGGCAGCAAAUGCCGCCUCCCACUCAUUCACCCAUACCUGCCUAUCAGACGAGCUCGCCUGUGCCCCAGCAGAGGCCGACACCGCCGAUUCAGCACGUUCAACCGCCAAGCCGGCAAAACUCGAUCUCGCACCACGCAAAUGCGUCACACAUAAAUUCGCCUGUGACGAACUCGCCCAUCAUGGCCCAGUCUCCUCAGCUGCCCCAUCAAUAUGCGCCGGCGAAGAGCAGAAGUACGAGCGUGUCAAAUACAAGGACAGACCAGGUUGGUCGCGUGUCUGCAAGUCCCCGCUUGACUACCCAGGGCGUGGCAAGGAGCCCCAGCGUGAGCUCUACCAAGUCUCCUGCUCUGCCGUCAGGACGGGUGCCAAAUGCCCAAGAAACCAACGCCCUCUUGGUGUGUGUGGCCGAGGAGAUGUUUGCCAAGGCGCGGAAAGGUAUCCUGCGCGUAGCCGACUCCCUGGACUCUCAGAGCGUCCGUGAGUAUCAGAAGUUAAUCGCUACUGGGUUGGGUUGUUUGGAGACUGUUCUAAGCAGUAACAAGCUUGUGGCGAGGACCGAGGCCAAGAUUCAGCUCCGUUAUGCCAGCAUACUGUGCGAGGAGACUACGAACAUUAUGGAAGCGGAGACCGCUUUGAUGAAAGGCAUUACCCUAUGUGACAAGUAUCGAUUUGCCGAUUUGAAGUAUUUGAUGCAAUUCUUGCAGCUGAGAAUGCUGUCGCAGAGAAAGUCAAAGGCAGCCUUGAUAGCCGUCGAUGGGAGUAUAGCAGAAGCCGAGCUGUUGAAACACACACACUGGGUCUACGCUUUGCGUUUCUUCAAGGCUUCGCUGUACCUUCAAUCAGCAAACCCUUCAGAUAUACACGCUCUUGAGAACCUACGGGCCAUCACCACCCUCGCUCUUCAAAGGGGCGACAUAAUUAUUUUUGUAGUAGCCUCCCUCCUGGAAGGCCUCAGUCUCUUGAAAAACAUGAAGGAUGACGCAAUCGUCAGAAUACAAGGAUGCAUUGCUCAAUCGCAGAAAUAUCAGCUGGACCCUUCGACCCACGUCCCUCAAGUCGAUAUUCUAGCGCUGAUGUUGGAUUUCGCUUGCAGUCUGCACCAGAAAUCUCCCCAGAUGAUUACUCAGAAGUUGAAGGUUCUGCAAGCACGUAUGGACUCCACUAUACAGGACAACAGUUGGAGUAUGAGCGAAACCGAGGUUCUCCUCCCUAUCAAGAAGCAGACAAGCAACAUGCAAGUCAUCAGCCAUGAUACGAGUGCAGUCAUUCGCCUUGGAGGUGAGAAUGAGAGUUGCGAUUACCUUGCCAUGUCAUUCUGGACAAAGAUAGAGGCUUUCGUCAUGACGUAUACCUAUAGCGGCUUAGGGCUACUAUAUUCGAAUCCUCGGAAUGAUAAAAGGAUUUUUGAGCUCUGGGACGAAGCUCUGGUGUCACUUGCGAAAAAUGCGCAUAAGAUGCGGACAAAUCCAACGUCUCUGCAGGACGCCAUGAGAAGCGCAGAUUGGCGGAGAGAGCUGAAGUGCUAUCUCCAAAUUCUACGCGGUCUACAUUUAGCGACACAUAGCCGUUGGCCAGAAGUCUGGAAGUGCGUCGAAGAACUGGAGAGCAUUGUCAAGCCCCCCUUGGAGGGUGUUGUUGGUCUCUUCUCCUGUUAUCUUUCUGGCGUAUAUCACCAAGGCACCGGGGAACUACACAGAGCCAAAUCUAUCUACGAAGGCCCUAUACUCAGGCUCGAAGAUAGUUUGGACGGAAACGGCAGUCUGCAGGGCGGAUCAAGCAAACAAGCCCACACUGAGCUUGAAGUGCGGCUUCUUACGGCCUUCAAUCGCAUCUGGAUUAUGCAACACCCAGAGCACCGUGACGACCGACAAACAAACGAGCUGAUUGAUCUUCUUCGCCCGCUUUGUACCGACCAUCCUAAUCUUGAAAUUCGCACAGCCUGGAAUCUAGUGCUGGCCGCUACUCAGACCAACCCCCCGAUCGGCAUAUCAGCCGCGAAAACUCAUUUGGGUUCGGCAUUGAAUGGGGCCAAGUCUCUAGGCGAUGUCCAGACUUUGUCCAUCGCGCUGAAUCUCAUGCGCGCUAAGCUGUUCCACAACAUCGUCGGCGAUCAGGCCCUUAAGAGUGCUAGAGCUGGCGCCGGCCAGGCCCGCAAGGCAGGAAAUAAGCUGUGGAUGAGCGUUGCUGAUGGGAUGCUCGCAGAGAGCUUCGACGUUCAGGGGCAGAUGGCAGAAGCUCAAGCCAGUCGAAAUGCAGCGAUCGCUUUCGCCGCUGAGGCUUUUGGCCCAAAACCGUCGUGA